AUGGCUGGAUACGCCUGUAUCUACUGGGUGGACCAUCUUCAAGCUAGUUCGCACAAUAUGACUUCUGGAUUGAGCAAGGAUGAUGGGAGUCGUAUAGAUGUGUUUCUAGAGCGGAAGUACCUUCAUUGGCUCGAAUUUCUGAGCAUUUUAGGACGUGUUUCCCAUGGCAUACAAUCUAUGCAGAAGCUUGAAAAUUUAAUUCAGAAGGAGAGCGAGCUUAAUGGCCUCCUAGGACAAGCUCAAGAUGCCUAUAAAUUCAUUCAAUAUCACAGAACAGGAAUCGAAAGUAGUCCUGUACAGGUAUACUAUUCAUCUCUCCUCUUCAGCCCAUCCAAUAGCCUCACCAGAGGAGGUUUUCAGGAAGAAAAAGCAGUUUGGGUUUUGAAUCAUCCUGUGGUAAUGGAGAGCUGGAGUCCCUGUCUUCAAACUCUCGAAGGGCAUACUGGUUUUGUCUCCGGGGUUGCCUAG